AUGCCUAAAAUUAGUUCAGUAGCUAUUGCCGCAGCUUUAGUGGCAAGUGCUGCCGCCACAGCUGUGACUACCACUUUAUCUCCUUAUGACGAAAGAGUCAAUUUGAUUGAAUUGGCUGUUUACGUCUCCGAUAUCGGUGCCCACUUAGCUGAGUAUUAUGCUUUCCAAGCUUUACACAAGACCGAAACAUACCCACCUGAGGUUGCUAAGGCUGUCUUUGCCGGUGGUGAUUUCACCACCUUGUUGACCGGUAUUGCAGGUGACGAAGUCACCAGAAUGAUCACUGGUGUCCCAUGGUACUCUACCAGAUUAAGAGCUGCCAUUUCUGAAGCUCUUGAAAAUGAAGGUAUUGCAACUGCUAUUGCAACUGCUACCUCUGAUGCUUCUGCCGCUUCCACCGAGACUUCCAGUGCUUCUGCCAACUCGGUUGAAACCACUGCUUCUUCCGCAGCUUCCUCCGAAGCCACUGUCUCAUCUGCAGCUUCCUCCGAGGCCACUGUCUCAUCAGCUACUUCCUCUGAGGCCACUGUUUCAUCAGCUGAGUCCACUUCUGCUGUAACUUCUGCUGUCGUCUCCUCAUCCCUCAACUCUACCUCCUCAGCUAUCUCAGUUACUCCAAUUGUCCAAAAUGGUACUGAUAGCACAACCACUAAAACUCAAGUUUCCACCGUUGAAGCUACUAUAACUAGCUGCUCGGCUGGUGUUUGUACAACCUUGACAACUCCAGCAACUACCAGUGCCAGCGCCUCCACAAAGGCUAAAUCCUCCGCAAUCACUUCUGUCACUUCAUCCGCUUCCCAUGUGAUUGAUGUCAGCACUAAUGGUGCUAACAAAUUCAGCAAUGGUGCUUUCGGUGCUGCUGCAAUUGCUGGUGCCGCUGCUUUAUUGUUAUAA